UGUUGAACAAUCGCACACACCAUUGCAAAAAUGUGUUACUACUGGAUUUGUAUAUAAACAUCUCAAGUGUACUGAUGCUGACAUUCAAUUGAUGCUCGACAUUGUAACAACAUCAAUUAAAUUUAUUUUUAAAUUAUAAAAAACGUAAACAAAUAGAAAUGAAGCUGAAUAUUUUGAUUUUUGUGUGUUUUAUGGCAAUUUGUUCAUCUGCUGAAGUUCCUACAGACAAUAAACUUCCACCUUAUAUAAAGAUCUGUAAAAGAAAUUCCGAGGCGUUGAAAUGCGUAUUGGAGAAUAUCGAACGGUGUCGGCCAUAUUUAGCUAAAGGUAUUCCAAGAUUACUCAUCCCAGCACUGGAUCCAUUGAAUCUGCCAGAAUUAGAUAUUGUUGGAAAUAAUUUACGCAUCAAAUUGAAAAAUCUCAAAGUACACAAUUUGCCAUCAUUGAAGGUCGUUGAUGGAAAACUAGAGUUUGAAGAUUUUAAGCUUGCGUUAAAAUUAAACAUUCCUCACAUUUAUAAUGAGUUUGAAUACGAAGCAGAAGGAAAAAUUUUGGUGCUGAACUUCCAUGGUAAUGGAAGUGGAUAUACAAAUGGAUCUGAUAUCAACCUUGAUAUCGACGCAAAAGCACAUCCGGUGAGCAAAGAUGGCCGCACAACAUUGGCUGUUGAUUACGUGAAUGUGAAAUACAAGGCGACGACAGGCAAGUUUCACGUUGAUAAUUUGUUCAGAGACCAGAAGGAACUCAACGACCAAACAAACCGUCUGAUUAAUGAGAACUUCCGUGAGUUUGAAGACGAAAUCAGUCCUGAUAUCGGUAAAUCUAUUUCGAGCGUUAUUACAAGAAUUGCCACAAACAUUUUAGAAAAAUAUUCAUUUGAUGAAUUAUUCCCAUUAGAAUAACAAACAUAGAAUAAUGUAGAAUAAUUUUUAAUAGAAGUUUAAUGUUGAGUGUAUUUCAAGGUUUGAAGUCAAAUAAAAAGAGAACUAUUUCAAUACAAAAA